AUGACUAUAUAUCGAAGCAUGUCUACAACUACACCAGUUGCUGGAGAACCAGCACCACCAGCCAAAGCCCCUGCUGCUAAGCAAGGAAAGAAGAACAAUAAGAAGAGCAAGGGAGCCAAUGAUUUCCUUUUAAAAACUCCUAAGGGUACCAAGGAUUGGGCCGAUAAGGAUAUGAUUAUUAGAGAUGCUAUUUUCGGGUCUCUUACUGCACUUUUCAAGAAACACGGUGGGAUGACUAUUGAUACCCCAGUGUUUGAAUUGAGAGAAAUCUUAACUGGGAAAUAUGGUGAAGACUCCAAGUUAAUCUACAACUUAGAAGAUCAAGGGGGUGAAUUGACAAGUUUGAGAUACGAUUUGACUGUUCCAUUUGCACGUUUUGUUGCCUGUAACUCUAUUAGUUCUAUCAAGAGAUAUCAUAUUGCCAAGGUGUAUAGAAGAGAUCAACCAGCCAUGACCAAAGGUAGAAUGAGAGAGUUCUAUCAAUGUGACUUUGAUGUUGCGGGUAACUACGACAUGAUGGUUCCUGAUGCUGAGAUCUUGACAGUUUUAUGUGAAGGUUUGACUGGUUUGGGAAUCACGGACUUCAAAGUGAAGUUGAACCACAGAAAGAUUUUGGACGGUAUAUUCCAAGCCUGUGGAGUUAAGGAAGAAGACGUGAGAAAGGUUUCUAGUGCGGUUGAUAAGUUGGAUAAACUGCCCUGGGCAGCCGUAAAGAAGGAGAUGUGUGUCGAUAAGAACCAACCUGAAGAAGUUGCUGAUAAAAUUGGAGAUUUUGUUAAGUUAAAGGGCUCUAUUAGAGAAGUUUUGUCUAUGUUAGAAACCAAUGAUUUAUUAAAGACAAAUGAAUCUGCUCAAAAGGGUAUUCAAGAAAUGCUGAUUUUGGCUGAUUAUGUUGAUGCUUUUGGUGUUGAUGAGUUCCUUUCAUUUGAUUUAUCAUUAGCCAGAGGGUUAGACUAUUACACUGGGUUGAUCUAUGAAGCCGUCACCAGUGCCUCUGCUCCUCCAGAGAACGCAUCUGAGUUGAAGGAGAAGGCAAAGAAAUCUGUCAAGGAAGGUGACGAAGUUGAAGAUGCUUCCGAAUUCGUCGGUGUGGGUUCGAUUGCUGCUGGUGGUAGAUACGAUAACUUGGUGGGUAUGUUUUCUAAUGGUAAAUCCAUUCCUUGUGUGGGUAUUUCCUUUGGAGUGGAAAGAAUUUUUUCUAUCAUUAAAGCCAGAGCUGCUAAGGAAUUGGACUCUGUUUCUUCUUCUCAUACCGAUGUCUACGUCAUGGCUUUCGGUGGUGGAGAAGGCUGGGAUGGUUACUUGAAGGAAAGAAUGGCUGUCACCAAUAAAUUAUGGAAGCAGGGUAUCAAUGCCGAAUACUUGUAUAAGACCAAAGCCAACAUUAGAAAGCAAUUUGAUGCUGCUGAAAAGGCCGGUGCGAAAUUGGCAGUUAUCUUAGGUAAGCAAGAAUACUCCGAAGGUAAGUUAAGAAUCAAGGUCUUGGGUCAAGGGGAUGAUGGUGAUGAUGGUGAAUUAGUUAGUGAAGAGGGUUUGACUGCAGCAAUUGAAAAGAAAUUGGCUGAACUUGACACUGAUGGGUUAAACCAAGUUACUAGAUUAAUCAGAGGCUUGUAA